GGGAGCGGUAAACAACCUUGUCGAGAGAUAUUUGCCGUCGUGCUUCCAUCUUUGAGGCGCCGGAGCUCGCCGCCACCAUGGGCGGCGUCCUGGGCCUCUGCUCCAUGGCGAGCUGGAUACCAUGUUUAUGUGGAAGUGCUCCAUGCCUGCUCUGCCGAUGCUGCCCCAGUGGAAACAACUCCACCAUAACUCGGCUCAUAUAUGCAUUCUUUUUACUUCUCGGCGUGAGCGUUGCCUGUGUGAUGUUAAUACCAGGCAUGGAAGAGCAGCUGAAGAAGAUUCCUGGAUUUUGUGAUGGAGGUAUGGGAACAACUAUUCCUGGUGUGUACGGCCAUGUGAAUUGUGAUGUACUAGUUGGUUACAAAGCUGUGUACCGUGUGUGCUUUGGUAUGGCCAUGUUCUUCCUCCUCUUCUCCUUAUUGAUGAUCAAAGUGAAGAGCAGCAAUGACCCAAGAGCAGCGGUGCACAAUGGAUUCUGGUUCUUCAAAUUUGCAACAGCACUUGCAAUUAGUGUUGGAGCUUUCUUCAUACCCGAGGGACCAUUUACAACUGUGUGGUUUUAUGUAGGUAUGGCUGGAGCAUUCUGCUUUAUUCUUAUUCAACUGGUCUUGCUUAUUGACUUUGCCCACUCCUGGAAUGAAUCUUGGGUUGAAAAAAUGGAGGAAGGGAACUCAAGAUGCUGGUAUGCAGCACUGCUGUCAGCUACAGCUGUCAAUUACCUGCUGUCUCUGGUAGCUAUUGUCUUGUUUUAUGUUUAUUACACUCAUCCGGAAGGCUGUUCUGAAAACAAGGCAUUUAUCAGUGUUAAUAUGCUGCUGUGUAUUGGUGCUUCUGUCAUGUCAAUUCUGCCGAAGAUUCAGGAAUCUCAGCCAAGAUCUGGUUUGCUGCAGUCUUCUGUGAUCACAGUUUAUACCAUGUAUUUGACUUGGUCAGCUAUGACCAAUGAACCAGACAGGCGCUGUAACCCAAGUUUGCUGAGCAUCAUUGGUUACAAUAGCACCACCAUUCCAACUGAAGGUCAGGUAGUUCAGUGGUGGGAUGCACAAGGAAUUGUAGGACUGGUUUUGUUUUUGCUCUGUGUUCUCUAUUCAAGCAUCCGAACAUCCAACAACAGCCAAGUGAACAAGCUGAUGCUGACCAGCGAUGAAUCAACACUGAUAGAGGAUGGAAUGCCCAGGAGUGACAGCUCCCUUGAUGAUGGAGAUGAUGUUCACAGAGCCAUAGAUAAUGAGAGGGAUGGAGUUACUUACAGUUACUCCUUCUUUCAUUUCAUGCUUUUCCUGGCAUCACUGUAUAUCAUGAUGACACUUACCAACUGGUACAGUCCGGAUUCUUCUUACGAAACCAUGACCAGCAAAUGGCCAUCUGUCUGGGUGAAGAUAUCUUCCAGCUGGAUCGGCAUUGUGCUGUAUGUGUGGACCCUGGUUGCUCCACUGGUCCUCACAAACCGUGACUUUGACUAAGCCAUGCUGCUCUCUGGGGAGACUCUGUUAGCUUUAUUCACAGUGUCUUUGAGACAAACAGUAUUCCAGAUAGUAGUGCAGUUGUAAAUAUGUGUGUGUGCACGCAUGUGCUGUCCAUAUAGGAUACCCUGCUUUAUUCUGCAUGAGUACCUUGAAUCACGUUUUUUGUCAUUUCACUAGAUGACUUUUUCUAGCUGAGCUCAGUGACAAUUGCUGUCACGAUGGUUUUCAUAGGAUUACUCCUAGAUCAAGUGCUUUGGGAGCAUUAGAUGUAAGAUCAAGACCCUUUGAAAGUAGGGUGGUGGUGUUUUUUUUGUCCAUCUCAAUUGCAUUAAGUAGUUGUAGGAAAAAAAAAGUGCAAGUGUUGUUAAUUAGGCUAACAAACCAGUGUUAGAUCAGGCUGUGGCAGCAAAGGAGAGGCUGCCUUUGAUUAUCCCUGUUGCCUUGAUUCCAAAGCAAGUCUUGAGUAAGCAUUGUUAAAGUGGUGCAUGUGGGGGGUUAGUGGGCAUCCUGCAGCAGCAUUUUGGCACCGGCAGCCUGACCCUUGUCUGUCCCAAGGGCAGCAGUACCUUUAGCAGAGAUGGUAAAUGAGGGAACUUGCACUUGAAGCUACAGAGGAGCUGAUGUCCUCCCCUCCUGCGUGCUGCUGGGUCUGAUGUGUGCCCUUGCAGAGCAGAGGGCAGAUGCCCUGUUGAGAAGGGUCCUGGUAUCACAUGCUUAGAAGCUCAUUUUUAAGGCAUCUGUUUACAACGUGCAUCUAUGUAUUAUUACUAUUUUUUAAAGUAGUUUAAACGGGAUAGCUGUGCUGUAAUUUAUUGCUGUUUUGUGUGCCGCUUUCUUGGCUAAGCUACAAUCACAAGAGUUUGCAAGGAGCAGAGUGGUGAAAACUGUGUGAGCCCUUUAGAGGCAUUUUUGAGUAUUGUGGUUAAACUAAAAAAGAAGCAGGGGAAAAGGGGUGCUGAAAUUGCAGUAGCUGAAGGAGGUUCGUAUUAACUGAGGCUUCAGUAAGUGUCUCUUCAUGUAUUUGCAGCUCUAAAUUUUGAAAUCUUUUAAUGUAUUAGGUAUUUUGCUUGUUGUUUGUUGCCAGAGAUGGACUUGAGCAUAGGGAGUCUAGAUCUAGGCAUGAGCUAUUAAUCCAUUUGAUUAAAAUACCGUAUAGUUCCUGUGCGGUUACAAAACCUUAAAUGCUUUUGUGCUUGCUGCUUUGUAACUGAAGUAUUUCUCAGUAUUUCUGUUACUUGCUGCAACUUGAGGCUGGAGCAACCUGGCUGGGGGUGAUCCAGGGCCUUCAGCAGGCAUCAUGUUACUGUGGUGGUUAUACUCCCUGUUGCCAAUUAUUCUCUAAGCUUUUAAUUCUGCACCUGAACACUGACAGUUACAGCAGGAGUCUGAAAUCUCAGACAAACUUGAGAUUGUAAUGGAAGGAUUAAGUAAAGGCUUGUAAUAAUUUGGAAUAUGUUGUUAACUUAUUAAUAAAUAAAUUUGGAUGAAGA